CCAGGGAGGCACAGCCGCCCGGAAGGAGCUGGAGGGAGCUGAGGCCGCGGCAGCUAUCGCCCUGCGGCUGGAUCUCCGAGCGAGCGUGCCGAGCGACGUCAAGCGCGGAAUCGCAUUCGCUUGCGUCCCGUGCGGCCGUGCUUAGCGUUUUGCCACAGCCCGAGCCCCAGCUGAGGGGGAGAGAAGAGUUUUGGAGAAACUGUCACAACCUACGAAGUGUUCAAGAUUUUCCAACAAGACCCUGUAAAAUUUGAAUAUGUCCUUCAUAUUCAGUUGGAUCUACAGUGGUUUCAGCAGUGUGCUACAAUUUUUAGGAUUAUAUAAGAAAACUGGUAAAUUGGUAUUUCUUGGACUGGAUAAUGCAGGAAAAACAACAUUGCUACACAUGCUAAAAGAUGACAGACUUGGACAACAUGUCCCCACAUUGCAUCCCACUUCAGAAGAACUGACUAUUGCCGGUAUGACUUUUACAACUUUUGAUCUGGGUGGACAUGUUCAAGCUCGAAGAGUUUGGAAGAACUACCUUCCUGCUAUUAAUGGCAUUGUAUUUCUGGUGGAUUGUGCAGACCACGAAAGGCUGUUAGAGUCAAAAGAAGAACUUGAUUCACUAAUGACAGAUGAGACCAUCGCUAAUGUACCUAUCCUGAUUCUUGGGAAUAAGAUUGACAGACCUGAAGCCAUCAGUGAAGAGAGGUUACGAGAGGUGUUUGGAUUGUAUGGUCAGACAACAGGAAAGGGCAGUGUAUCACUGAAAGAGCUGAAUGCCCGGCCCUUAGAAGUCUUCAUGUGCAGUGUGCUCAAGAGACAAGGCUAUGGGGAAGGCUUCCGCUGGAUGGCGCAGUACAUCAAUUAACACCAGCCCACGCCAGCUUGGCUCGCAGGCCUGCUCAGAGAUUUGAUUGCUCAACAUGCAUAACUUGAAUUCAAUAGACUUUUGUUGGUUUUAAAAUAGAUAUUUUUUAGACUAUUAAUAUUACAUCAACAUAAUUUGAGAAUUGAAAACUGAAUAUUGCAAUGUUAGUUUCUAAUUCCAUACAGAUAGUUUUUACAGUUUAUAAUCCGACAUCACCCCAGCACCAUUUAUAAAGAGCAACUUUCCAGCAGUACAUUUGAAGCACUUUUUAACAAUGUGAAACUACAAAUAUAAACCAUGUUUCAAAGCUGCUCAUGUUCAAUUUUUUAUGUACUUUUUUGGAACUAGUUUUUAAAUUUUAGAUUAUAUGUCCACCUGUCUUAAGUGUACAGUUAAUAAUUAGCUUAUCUAUGAUUGCAUGAUGCCUUACAGUUUGCAAUAAUGCUUUUCUUAUGCAAACGUCAUGCAAUAAAACAAACUCCAAUGUGUGGCAUCCUUAUUGGGCAAAUAUUUCCUUUGAAUGUGUCUUGUCUAGCUAGCAUCUCUGAAGACGUAAGUAUUUAAUAUUAGCCCCUUGAGAAGGCUGUUAGGAAAGGAGAUACCUUCCGAAGACGCAGGAUUGUGUGUGACCCUGGAGGCUUGCGCAUUUCCCAGGAGCCGGCCGUGGUUUCCAGUGCGUGGUGAGCCAUGCUGCUCCCUCAGCUGUCUCACGGUGAGGUGAUCCAGUCUUACUGGCGGCCAGCUCGGAAGUAGUGACCGGCACCAGCCCCGUCUCUCUCUGAGGCUCCUGGGCAGGGCAAGCGGCAGGUGAACGCGUGCAGUUUUACUGUGGAGACCAGCUUGUCCCGUGGGCGUCUUGCUCCCAUCCUGUAGCUCCUUUGCAUUCUUUGGCACAUUUUUUCCUGGUAGAAAGAGAAUGAAUCCUUGUUUUUAAUGUUUUCUUUCCUCAAUUGCUCUCAGCUAGACUUGUUUUAGGGUAGAAUGCCUGCUGGGCAAUAGUGUCUGCAAGCCUGACUGCUGCCCUUACUAGUAAAAUGUCAGCUUUUCAUUGUUGGGGUUUGUUGCUGUUGUUUUCGAGACAGGGUCUUGCUGUAUAGUCCAGGCUGGUCUUGAACCCACUAUGUAGCCCAGGCUGGCCUCGAACUCAGUCAUCCUCCUGCCUCAGCCUCCCAAGUUCUGGGAUUAUAGGCAUGUGCCACCACAUCCAGCUCUCAACUGCAUUUUUUUUUGGUACCGGGGAUCGAACUUGGGUCCUUGCGCCUGCGCAGCGGGCAGCAAAACCACUGAGCUAAAUCCCCGGCCCUCUCAACUGUAUUUUUAAAGAUUCUCAAGUUUAAGAUUUCUCUUCUGAUUAUAAACCACGCUAUUUAUUUUUUUCUUUUCAGUAGAGGGGAUCAAACCCAGGGCCUUGCACAUCCUAGACAAGCACUCUACCACUGAAUUACUGGACAUCUCAGCCCUUUUUUUUUUUUUUUGGUACCAGGGACCAAACUCGGGACCUUGCGCUUGUGAGGCAGGUGGCGGAACCACUGAGCUAAAUCCUUGGCCCCUCUUUUUUUUUUUUUUGAAGCAGUGUCUAAGUUGCCGAGGCUGGCCUUGAACUUGUGAUCCUCCUGCCUCAGCUUCCCAAGUAGCUGAGAUUAUAGGUGUGUGCCACCACACCUAGCUUAAAGCAAGUGUUUGUAGUAGUUUAACCAAUUCCACUGAGUUGGACCAUGCCAAGAACUUGUUCAGUUUCAUCAAGAAUCAUUUUAAGGUCACGACGAAUACCCCUGGAGCCACUGUGCAGUCAGAGCUGUGGUCCUGGGUGGUGAUGAACCCCACAAAGCACAUGCAGGCUGAGCAGGUGACCGGAAGGAGCUGGUGUGCCAAGCCGAAAAGGUCUUUUCUAACUUUUGGUUUUAGCAACUUGGCUGUUCUGUUUCACUUUCACAUUCUUUCUAAAUGAAAAUAGCUUGCUUCUUCCACGCCUGGAGACAUCAUUAGUGCAAAGGGAAAAGUUGAAAACGCCCAGCCUGCCAGCUCUUCUGCAAAGAGUUCUGGCGCAGAGCUCAGCCUCGCCGAAAGCCCUUAGCCACGCCUUGCUGCUCUGCUUUCGCAGUCCUCACUUCAGGACCCGCUGUGUCUCCCAUGCUGAGACACCUGCAUCCACCCUGCCAGGAUCCCAGGGGGUUGCCUCGCGUCUCCCGGAGGCCAAUUCGAACUGACCCGCUUGCCCCAUCCAUGUCUGGGACAGCUUCACUUUGUGCCGAAAGACUAAAAUGUAAUCAUUGACACUCGUGUAAAGUCAAGACUGGACUCCAUGCAAAUCAGCUGUGCAAAAGACGUUUUAAAAUCUGAAGUCCAAAACUAAAAAUAUCAUGUCUCGAGCCCACUUUUUUUCUCUUUUUUUGGUACCGGCGAUGGAACUCGGGACCUUGCGCUUGCGAGGCAGGCAGCAGAACCACUGAGCUAAAUCCCUGGCCCCCCACUUUGAUUUUAAAGAGAUUCUCAUUUCACACCUGUCUCAGUCUUUGCUAUUAAUUAUACUUUUGGAUCAUAACUGGUUAAGUGGAUAGGUUCCAGUUUAUCUCAGUCAAUUUUUAGAAUGGAGAUCACUUUUAAAUUGGAUAAGGCAUUUCCUAAAGUGUAUUAAAGUAUUCUUAACCAGCUGGGUGUGGUGGCGCACACCUGUAAUCCCAGCACUCGGGAGCCUGAGGCAGGUAGAUUGCUGGCAGUUCAAGGCCAGCCUGGGCUACAUAGUGGAACCCUGUCUCAAAACAAAACAAAACAAUAGUCUUCUUAACCAUUGCCUUAGUUGACCCAGUGUCUUCAUGUAAGUGUCGAAGAUGUGUGAAUUCAGGUAUUGACUGCAGAGAUCUAAAUUUUAGUUUUUUGUGUCUGCUUCCAUAUACAAGUUUAUUAUGGUCUACAACAUAAAAGUAGGAUAUUGUUUCUUUUCCAUGGUUUUCAACUGGCUGUAUGUCCCUGUAGUGCUUUCUAGCAUAUAAACUACUUAUAUAAAUCAUUGAAAUAGAAUGAUGGCUAUGCUAACAGUGUUUCUUGCCUUCUAGAAAAUGAUUUCGUCAACCACAUUCAAAUCCUAGUAUUAGGCUGUGCAUAGCUCAGUGGUAGAGCACUUGCCUAGCAUGUGUGAAGCCCUGGGUUUGAUCCUCAGCACAGCAAAAGAAAAAGAAAAAUCAUUUUUACAUCUUCCAUCAUUGAAAACAGUGUACUUCUAGUUAUCAUUUCAGGGGAAACGUUUACAUUUUUUUCUGAAACUCAGUGUGGUGUUUCAGUCUUGUUAAUCACUUACACAACUGAAGUUUGUAAGAAUGUUUGCCAAAUAAAAGUUGAUCAGAAUACACCAAGAUUGGCUUAUAUUCUCUUUAAAAUCCCUGUUACUAAAAAUGUAUUGUUUGGGUCAUUCUAGACAUAGGUAAAAAUUUGGGUGGUGAUUCACAAAAUCUUUAAGAAAGCAUGAAAAAAUGGAUAUUAGCAAAUAUAAAUUCCUUAAUGCAAAAUGAAUAGGGAAUAAAAGAUCGCUUAUGUUAAGAUUUUAAAAAACAGAUUUUGCUAUAAUCUUCUUGUUCAGAAAAACUAUUUCAAUCAAGGACUAAAUUAUCAAAACUGCAUGUUGCUGCUUCUGCUCAUUUUUCUUUUGAAAUUAAGUUGGUGCUUCUUAACAAAAAAGGAAAAAAGCAAGCUCUUGGAGUGAGUGGCUGGACCUCAGUGUAGAAGACUGGGAUUCGGUUAAAAUCCCACAUCCCUGCCCACGAGCAUUCCCACCUCACGCUUGCAUUCCAAAGCUCCCAGUGUGAAGGGAAUGCACAGUGCUGAAGGUGCAGUUCUGAACCAAGGGCUUCUGCUCCUUCUUCGUUCAGGACAGUAACUGGCUAACACACUCACUGUCGCUGAUGGUUGUUCAGGACUGUGACCACACUUUAAAAUUGAAUCGAAAGUAAUGAAAGUGAGCAAGGUUAUCCAAAGCAAACUGUUUUAGGUACUCCCACCCCUAAUAGACUUUAGGGCAGAAACAGAAAAUUGAUUUUGUGCAGAAUUAUUUUGGGGAGAGCUAUACUGGAGUAUGUGGAUUCUUCAGCAUGUACUUUCAGUGAGGAAUUAAGUUUAAUUUUAGUUUUAAAUAUCUUGGGGUAAAAGAGGGUGACAAUUUUUUGUUUCUGACAUAAGGCUUUGGUGGAGUGUGUCCAUUAUCAGGUGUAAAGAUUCGCUGCUUCUCCUGACCUCGUGAGCCCUCGGGGGACGAUGCUCUCAGUGCUCCAGAAGUGACAGGGGCUCGGCUGAAUGCACAGUGUGUCUAAGUGGCAAGGCAGUGAUAGUCAUUCAUCACUAACCGUGUUUGCACUUUCCCACACCACCAUUUGCACUAGGACCUUAGUGUGAAUUUUAACAGUUGUUUUAGGGUAUAUACAGAUUGUUAAGCGUAAUUUAUAUGAACAUGUUUCUGUUUGCCUUUGUGUGUUUUACAAAGAACAGCUAUAAUAAAUGGUUAAAUUUUUUGA